UUCUUCUUCUCAACUCAAAGAACCAACUCAGAGAGGGAGACAUUGCUGAUAACAGAGUCAAUUCUAUUUCAAUCACCAAUGGCUCCUUCUUUCACCAACGCCAAAAUCUUCUCUUCGUUCUUCGCCCAUGGAUUCUCCAACGCUCUCACUAGACGUGGGUAUGCGGUGGCAUCACAGAACGCAACAAAAGGAGGAGUGGCUUCCAUGAGCUCCAAAAUUGCAACAACGUCAGGGGAAGACAAAGGAGUGUCUCCCUACAAGGUUUCCUGGGUUCCAGAUCCUGUCUCUGGCUAUUACAAACCCGAGAACAUUAACGAGGUUGAUGUCGCUGAAUUGCGCGCUGCGCUUUUGGCCAAAAAAAUCAACAACUCGUCUCAAUCAAUUAAUUAAAAAUUGAGAUUAAUGAUUUAACAUGUUCAGAUUAAUCAGGCUUACCGGCACCUUGAUUGCUUAAUUUAUCUUAGACUGGAACAUUAAUGAUGCCGAUAUGCUCUGUUCUGUUGCAUCUGAUGAGUUUUCUUCACUUUUAGAAGUCAACAGAAUGAUGAUUAGUGAUGUAUUCUGAUCUAUUGGUUAUAUAAAGUUUUACAAUUUAAUUUCUUUUCCGGUGUGAGGAA